GCUCGGGUCUGCUCAGCUGCAGCCGAACAGACGAAAAACCAUGGAGCGCAACAAGACGCGUUGGAGAGACUCACCGAGCGGGCGCGGAAAGUGUCAGUUUCAGUCGUGUUUGUAAGUUACUUCCAGCGAGAGUGGACAGAUUUUUGGAACAUCAGCAGGUGGAGAGUGAUUCUUCGUUUUCUUUUUUUUUCUCCAAGCGUGCGUAAACUGAUUGGAGUGGUCGGGGAAAGAAAAUAGCCUUGGAGUGUCCAGCGGCUACCAAAGAACGGGCGGGAGGCUAGUUAGUUUUAAAAAGAAGCUCUGAAGUGAAGAGGAGUGCCUGCUGGAUAGAAAGGUGGAUUGGUGGAUAGUGUUUGGAGAAUGCGCGCUGCGUAAAAGCCCCCACAUCGCUUACAUGUUGUUAUAAGGAACAAUUACUUCUCUUUGAGGGUACUGCGAGCGGAGACCUCCAUAAAGAAAUUAGGCAGUGGUCUUAAAUUGAAAGUGAGUUACUACUGAACAGUUACCAGCCAUGGUGAAGUUCCAUAACUCAGAUCUAUGGAUAGCCUGGAUGGUCAUUUUCUGCAUGGAGGGUUCAAGGUUUGAUCUACACACAGGAAAAGUCUGUGUGCAGGCACUAGAUGUGACAAUGUCCCAGCGCAGUGUCCAGGUGGCUCGUGGCCAAGCAGCCAUCCUGCCCUGCUCCUUUACCACCAGCGCUGCCCUCACCAACCUCAACAUCAUCUGGAUGGUGACGCCGCUGUCCAAUGCUUACCAGCCAGAGCAGGUGAUAAUUUACCAGGGCGGUCGGGUCUUCAGCCUCUCCAACCACCUCAACGGUCGUGUGGGCUUCGUUGCCACCAUGCCAAGCACAAGUGCCUCCAUCUUCAUCAACAACACCCAGGUGUCCGACACUGGGACCUACCAGUGCCUGGUCAACAACCUCCCAGACAGAGGGGGGCGCAGCAUUGGUGUCGUUGGACUCACAGUGUUGGUGCCCCCCUCGGUGCCAGCGUGUCGAAUCCAGGGAACGCUGGAUGUAGGCAGUGACAUCAUGCUGAUCUGCAAAUCAGAGGAAGGUAUUCCCACGCCGUCCUACUCCUGGGAGAAGCUGGACGCGCUGCCCAAGCUGCCGCACAACGCCAUGCAAGGUAUUACAAACAAGCUGGCCAUCGGAGUUCCCUUUUGCCCCACCUUCGCUGACCAGAUGCAGGGCACUGUCACACUGAGAAACAUCAGCACCACCACCUCAGGACUCUACCAGUGCACAUCCAGCAACGCUAUCGGAAAGAGCACUUGUCUGCUGAACCUGCAGGUUGUUGCACCCCAGCCUCAGAGUGUAGGUCUGAUAGCAGGAACCAUUGCCACAGGAGUCCUGGCAGUCGUCAUCUGUUCCCUGUUAGUGGUGGUCACGCUCUUCUAUUGGAAGAACAAGAACAAAUAUGAUGAGGAGGAGAUCCCCAAUGAGAUCAGAGAGGAUGACCUUCCUCCUAAGAGGUCAUCAUCAGUAAAGGCUUUCCAUGCCGACGCGUCCUCCUCAGAGAAUGACACGCUCACGUCUACCAACACGUACAACAGUCGUUACUGGCACAACCCCAAACCCAACUAUGACACCAACUCCUACACGCGCUACAAUGGAGACGCUCGCCAGACCUACUCUGCCGCUGCUCACGGCACGCACGGACACGGCCCAGGCCAAGGCCAGAACGCAGCACAAAGCCACGGCGCAGCAGUGACAGCUCCAGGCUCAACCCCGCUCUCCCGCCACCCCCCGCCCACGACAGCAACGACGUCGUUUGCCAACGGCAGCCACACCCUCCCGCCACCAAAGACUCUGGUGGUCACCACAAACUCUGCCCCCUCCCCUCCCAACAUGGUGCGCAGCAAUGGCACUGUGAGCCUCAAACCGGUGGUGACGUCCGCACAUGGGCAACACACACACUCCUACGCCGUGAGCCAGGCCACUCUGGAGCGGAUGGGGGCGGUGCCAGUCAUGGUACCUGCCCAGAGCAGAGCGGGCUCACUUGUUUGAAAUUGAGUUAGAGGAACUGUUAGCUUUCAAAACGAGACUGAAUGAGCGUUCGGUUACAAUGUUUGAAAUCCACCGAUGAGAAGCAGACUAAAUAUGGGCUGAAACAGCCCGCUGCCCUUUACAGCUGUGUCUUUCUGUAUGUCUCGACCUUUUUAUCUCCAAACAAACUGGGAUUUUACAGUGCAGAGUUCAUUUGAUGCCAAUUCCUUGAUGGACCGGUGUUUUUUUUCUUUUGUUUGUUUUUUCUAGAGAAGCGCUACGUGGUAUCUGAUCAUCCCCUUAACUGGUUGGAUUUCAUUGGUGGGUUCAGUAGGAACUAUUUUUAAAACCAUCUGGAUGAUUUCCCAAAGCUGGCGUGAAACAUCCUACAGAACCUGGAUUCCCAGGUGUUUUUCAGGGCUGGAUCAUUGUGAUGAUUGAUUUCUUUUGUUUGUUUGUUUGUUUGUUUUUUUAAAGCAACGCACAUCACAGUGUGUCCAUUCUGCAUGGUCAGACAAAAGCAAGCUUGGAUUCUUAAAUAAAUGCAUGUGAUCCCUGAUUCAGAACAUAACAAGUUCGCUCUUUUUUUCCAUUUGUUUGUUUGUUUUUCAUUUCUGUUGUAAUUUUGGUUGAGGGUAAUGAUAGAGAUGAUGAGGAUUAUACAUGAAAACGUGAAUGUUUAAAGUCUGUUGGCAGUACCCCAAAGAUGAAGGUGUGAAUGAAAUGAUGGGGUUUCAAAUGGCCUUAGAAGCUCGUAAAGGCCACUGGGUGUUACUGGGUGCAAUAAAAGGCAUAACAUACAUUAAGUCACUGAAUGAAAACUUUUUAAUUAAGUUUUUGCACUUUUCAGAACUAUUUUAUAUAACCCUCACUGAUUUUUGAAUAAUAGUCUUACUAACAAUAUGCUUUUCCCAUAAAAUCUAAAGUUUAUCACACAUACAGAACAGUGGUAAUAUUUGAAGAGGGCACCAGAGAAAAAAUUGGUGCCACUUUCCCAACAGAAAGCUACUGUCCUCCAGAUGGAGAUGGAUCUUAGUGUUUGCUGUCCUUAUUCUUGCUGUUGUCCUAGCCUGGUUCAUGACACAUCACUGCUGCUUUCACAUGAAAUAAGCUGACCGCUUAUUUCAUAAAUGAUUUUUUAAAAACACAGAGAUAAAUAUAUAUUUAAAGCUGAUUUUUUUCUCUCUGUCAAAAUAUUUUUUUUAAUGUACAUAUUGCAGAUUGUAAAUCAAAGAAAAUACACAUCUAACACAUAUUUUACAACUCACAUGUCUUAAUUUGAAAACAGGUUUUUUUCUGCUACAUUGGUAACAAGCUAGGUUUCAUAGACUGUGCUACUGGUUUCAGUGAAGGGUUUCAUUAGGAGAUGUGGGGUAAAUACAGUGUUUUAACACGGAUGGCUAUGUGUUUCAUUACAGCUUAUGAUAUGUGUGUUGUAUAAGGUACUGUAUUUCUGACCCUCCAUAUUUGUAUUCCAACCAAAUUUCAACAUGUCCCACCUUUCCAAAUUUAGCCAUAUUCAUUUCUUUUUGUGCCUGAAGGCACAGUUUCUUAUAAAUCCUUCUAGCAACGAUGCAAUAUUGGACACAGCCGCUUUUCAAGGUAAAUGCAGUAUUGGAAAAUGUGUGUGUGUGUGUGUGUUUGUUGGAAAAGUUAAAAUGUGCUGUUUAGCAUUUUAAAGUCUUACUAGACGAAAAACUUAGAGAGCAAGUGUUCUGUAACAAAUGCAAUUGUGUCACUUGUGUCACAAAAAAAUUGUUUUAUAUAGAUGACUUAGCUCAUGUAAUCAGGGGUUGAUGUUUAUUUACUUUAACUCUUCGUACAAUUUGCCUACGUACUCUUUUUGGAAAUAACAGGAUUUCUGCACUGAUUACUAAAAAAUGUGACCUGAUUUUUUUCUUAUUCAUUAGAUACACACUAUCUGACUAAACCGAUGACAAGUAAACAGAUGUGCUCUUCAAAUCUUUAAUAGAAGUAAGAAAAAAGUUGUCUGUAGCUGAAAAAACCUCCAUCCAACCAUGACACUUCCUCCAACGUGCUUUCCAGCUGGGAUGAGGUUUUGGUGUUUUUGUGCAGUGCCUUUUUCCUUCCAAACAUACUUUGUGCGUUUUUGAUAAAAGGUCAAAUUUUCUCAUCAGUCCAUGUACGGGCUCAGAACUUUUUCAAACUUUAAAAUCAAGCAUUCUCCUUCUUCUUCUUCUUCUUGUAUUUUUAAUUGGCUGUCAUGUUCUUGUGAGAACUGAAGGUGUCUCACUGUUAACCUUUUUUUCUCCUACUCUUUCAUUUCACCUCUUUCCAAAACCAAAUUGUAUUUAUCCAUAGCUAUGACUUGGAAGUACGCUCAUACCACAUUUGAUGAGUAAUCAGUUUAGAAAUACUUGCACUUUUCAAAAGGUAACUUAAAGUCAAUAUUUGAACAUUUUUAAAUGAAAUACUGAUUUUCAGUACUCACUGAAAUCCCACCAAAUAUUUUGAUAAUGGGAGCAAUAAAUAUUAAGUUAUACAGGCCUAAUAUGUUAUGAUGUUAAUGUCCUGACAGUUACGUGUGCUUCACCAUAACCCAGAAUUGCUUUUCUGACAUUAUAACGGCUGGUACUUUGGAUCUCCAUAUUCUUCAUUUAUUCAGUAUUCAGUUUACAUUAAUCAGUUACUCCAGUAUCAUAAACUGACUUGCUCAUGUAUGGUCUGACUACAUGGACCCAUUUCUUUCUUUGUUUUUCUUUGAUGCUGUCUACAGUGCUGGAGAGCUACGGCACUUGAACACACUGAUUUUAAAUAGAGAAAGGCUAAACGAGGGCAGAUGGUCAAAGAUCAGUGAUCGCAUCCCCUCCUUUUUGUCUGUCAGUGUUUUCAUAAUAAAGUCUUUGUGAUUAUUUCACUCACAAUCUCUUCCAGUGUCCCUGCCCUGAACACUUUCUGAAAGCAUUACUGAACUCUUAUUCUAAGGCCUUUAGCUUUAUUCCUAAAGAGAAUGGAAAGUUCCAAAAGUAAAACUAAAUGGAGUUUAUUUGACUUUUGCUCUGCCCUCUGUUUUCAAGAGAUAAGGCGGAAAGAGAGCACAAUCAGUAGAAAUCUACUGAGGUUUUAACCCAUAUUUAACAAACAUCUCAUCUUCUGCUGUUGGCUGGCAAGAACGAUAAAUAGACUGCAUUUAUAUGGCGCUUUUCUGGUCUUAGUGACCAUUCAAAGUGCUUAGUGUCAACAAGGUGGUAAAUGGGUUGUGUAUAUAGAUAAAUGUGAUAUAUUGCCAAUAGUGAAACCAAUCUGUAAAUAUGUAAAGAAAAAGAAACACAUCUCAUUCUGACUGUUGGGUUGAAAUGAAAUAGGAAAAAUAACACUGGAGCUUGUAGUGAAUAAAUAUUGUUAA